CUCGCGUUUAGUACAGCGCUCAGCAGGAGUGUCGGACGCUCGGCUUUACAGUCGCCGACUUUAGUAUUCUUCGUUUAUUUUCUUUUCUAUUCGUUUAAUUUGUCGCUCAGACUAGCAAAACUAACCGUGUAAAGUUUCGUCGUUGAGUGAUUUUUUGAUGUUAAGCUGUUUAACAUUAUUUUAUUUUGACAGUGUCACGUGUGGAAUUGAAUUAUUACCGAUACCGGAGUUUACAAGUGUUUAUAACGUAUACGGCCUUCAUUUGCCGCAGGUAGAGCCGGCGAGUCGUCAAAAAAGUGUGUUUACAUUGUUGAAGUUUCCAGUAUUUCUGGAUUUGUUGUGAGAACCUAGUUAAAGUGAUAACUAGGUGAUAAAGUUCGUAAUAACAAAAGGAUCACACGGAUUGGUUCCAAUAGGAUUCUGCUCAGAAACUUUGAAAGUGUUUUUAGUGCAGCGAAGUCUUGAAGUGUUUGUAACUUACGACAUAACCUUAUUUGAAAGAGGCGCGUGUUUCACAGACAUGCGCAGUAGGGUCCUAAAAAAAUAUUAAUAAGUGGCUCGUAAUUUUAUAAACAAACUUGUGUCGUGUUUGUGUGUCGGCUUUUAGUGCAUUACUAAUACGAAAUUCCCAAGUGUAUUCAGUACAAAUAAAGAUACAGUUGUCAGUUAUUUCCUUAAUUUUUUUGGAUUCAAAUCACGUUAACGUUCACCUGUGGGAUUUCGGUGUUUUUUCUGCGCGCGCACGAUUGUCUUCUUCUAAGGUAAUGGAAGGACUUUUUAUAGACAAGGUUGGCGCAGCUAUGAUGUCCUGUCCCCUGCCCUUGCCGCUUCUGCCGGCCCUUCACCCUCAGCCUGCUCUGGCGUCUGACUUCCCCAUCCACAUUGGUAUUAAGAGAGGCUCCGACGAGCUUCUUUCGCAGAGUGGCGUCACCGUCAUGGCGCCCGCCGCUCCACACCAUGCUGACAAUAAUAACCAAGACUCAGCCGCCAAGAAGGUGAAACUGGAGCAAAAUGUUGGCAAACCGUCAAGGGUUAUCCACAUACGGAACAUACCAAACGAGACUACGGAAGCUGAGAUCAUACAGCUCGGUCUACCCUUCGGGAGGGUCACCAACGUACUCGUUCUCAAAGGAAAAAAUCAGGCAUUCCUGGAGAUGGCAGAGGAAAUAUCAGCUGUGGCGAUGGUAGCCUACUUCGGUGGCUGUGUCGCUCAGCUACGCGGACGAGCCGUCUACGUUCAAUUCUCCAACCAUAAGGAGCUUAAAACUGAUCAAACACACAGCAAUGCGUCGGCGUCAGCGCAGGCGGCGCUUCAGGCCGCACAGGCUAUUUCAAACAGUGCGGGCGCAGCGCUCGUUGCCGGCGCGGGCGCAGCGCUUCAACCUGCAAAUGGUGGCACUGAAAUACAGGUAAUGACUGGCGGGCCCAACACAGUGCUGCGCGUCAUCAUUGAGCACAUGCUGUACCCGAUAGUACUUGACGUGCUCUAUUCGAUCUUCCAGCGAUACGGGAAAGUGCUCAAGAUUGUAACCUUCACUAAGAACAAUUCAUUUCAAGCCCUAAUCCAGUACCCAGACACGGGGUCAGCGCAAAUGGCAAAAACGGCUCUCGAUGGUCAGAACAUUUACAACGGCUGCUGCACACUCCGCAUCGACUACUCAAAGAUGACAUGCCUCAACGUCAAAUAUAACAACGACAAGUCGAGGGACUACACCAAUCCCACGCUCCCAUCGGGCGACGGCGACGCUCACCAGCUGUUGACCAGUGAGUUGAUGCCUCAGCGGGCUCGCCUCGCCUUGGCCCUCGCAUCCAGGAUGAGUGGUGGAGUGUUAGCGCCUCCGUUCCUGGGGCUGGGGUCAGGGCUGGCGUCACCGUAUGGCGUCGGCGUUGGGGGAGUAGGUCUGCCUGCGUUCGGUGCACUCACACUGACGCCGGCUUCGCCUGCAUUGCGCGCACUCGCCGCACCACCGCUGCCGCUGGCCACAGUGUUGCUCGUAUCCAACCUAAAUGAAGAGAUGGUCACGCCUGACGCUCUCUUUACCCUUUUCGGCGUGUAUGGUGACGUGCAACGCGUGAAGAUUCUGUACAACAAAAAGGAUUCAGCCCUAAUUCAAAUGGCGGAGCCUCACCAGGCUCAUCUAGCCAUGACACAUAUGGAUAAGCUGCGCGUCUUCGGAAAGGCUAUGCGCGUCAUGCUCAGCAAGCAUCAAACGGUGCAGCUGCCGAAGGAAGGACAGCCUGACGCUGGCCUCACUAGGGACUAUUCCCAGAGCCCCCUACAUAGAUUCAAGAAGCCCGGCAGCAAAAACUACCAGAACAUUUACCCGCCGAGCGCCACAUUACAUCUCUCCAACAUUCCAGCCACGGUGUCCGAAGACGACAUCAAGGAUGCGUUCACCAAAAGGGGAUUCGCGAUCAAGGUCUUCAAGUUCUUCCCGAAGGACCGCAAGAUGGCGCUGGUCCAGCUGCCGUCCAUCGACGACGCGGUGGCGGCUCUCAUCAAGAUGCACAACUACCAGCUGUCCGAGUCCAACCACCUGAGGGUUUCCUUCUCCAAGUCGAGUAUUUAAACGCAAUGACCAAUCGUCCUCGGAAUAUCACACAAGUCGCGUCCGCCUCGGGACCGACUCGACGUGCUAGUGCCCUCAGCCUUACCGUUCGUUGACGCGACAACAUCGUACCUCUCUCAAGUAUCGAGAACUUCACUCGACUGAAAUUUAUAAUAUAAUUAAUGUGUAUUACGCUUACUCGGAUCAGUAUAGAACUUAAGUGCUAACUCUAUUUCAUUAGUGAUUACGUACCGCUGUUACUGUACAUCAUAAUUUAAGGUGUUCAUCGUUUCCCGACGGCAGCUAAUCGUUCAUUUUGAGGGUACUCGGUCAGUACGGCUUGAGAUGUUUAUUUUUUUUUUAAUUUUGUGUGAUAUUCAUUCCGUAUUUUUGUAAUUCUAUAUAUUAUUUUUAUACAUAGUGUUAUCGUUUCCAGUGUUUUCGACGUAUCAUUUCAAACGAUUUAACAUAUUUAAAACGGUUUGCAAUUAGAUUGCGCUAGUUAUUUCAAAUUUGGCAGCUUAUCUAUCUGUAGUGAUGUCAAACAUCGCCUCGGUUGUUUUUGUGGUUAUUAUUAUGACAGGAUUAUUUACGAUAAAUAUUAUUACAUUAUAUAUCAAACACUAGAGCGCGUCGUUGAAGAAGACAAAGGUAUUUCUUGAUCGCUUAUAAUUUGCAGUUAUCAUAUUCUAAGAUAAUAUUUUAUAAAUAUAUUUUAUACUCUAUUUUAAUCUGCACAAUUUAUUAUGGCAUUUUUUAAAUAAUAAUUGUAUUCUUUGUACGCAUACACAUAUUCAAUAUAUUUUAUGGAACGCUAUGUUUGGGGAUGUGUAUGUAUGUGCAAUAUUAGUUUUAGAGACGGUUAAGUGUAUUUUAAGUAUUAACAGUCGUCUUCUCCAUCCGCUGCAUACUUCCAUCGCUGUUUCGUUUCUUAGGAAGAAUAUUCCGUUCAUUGUUACAGUUAUAGUUACUUCUCGAUUAGUUAGUGUAAUCACAGCUAUCACUAACCUAGUUGGUAUGUCGUCUACAUAGUGUUAUGUGCAGUGACAUUUUAGUGACAUGAUGCAUUUAUUUUGAUGUUAAUUUAUAUUAAUGGUAGCUACAACAUAAUAUAAAUGCUCGUGCAUAUUCACUAAGCAAAUUAUUAUAGAUAAUUAUUUAUUUCACUACGAUCGGGGAUUACCCUGUACACUAUACAGUGUGGUCGAUGUUGAGUUUACGUAUUGUUAGAAUUAUUUUCAUUAAGUAUAAUAAAGAACUAUUUAAAUGUUGCCACGCUGUCCUCGUGACAGUAUUUGAGGUUUUAUAGACGUGCUGGGAUCGCAUCGGCCCUUAGUGACGAGAUGAACAUACUACCUUCCACUACGAAUAACACAACAGUAUUUUAGUGUUAAACUUCUUCGACGCUUUGUAAAUAACUCGAGUUGUGUCGUAUUAACACUUUCGCUCGAUUGGUUUUCAGACAUCUUUGCCUUCUUAAAUUAAUUAAAAAAAAUGCGUCUAGUCCAAUGAAAAGAGAUUAAGUUGGUGGAUUAAGUAAAUUAACGUUAUAUCUUUAAAAAUUCCUCACACACUAAACUCAGGUAGAGCGCUUUCUAGAGAUAUUAUUUAUUUAUUGUAAAGAUUCUUUUGGUCGAGGAGUCGGUGCCCGUUUACGCUCUGACCGCUAGGACCACACUAAGUGUUCGUUUACACGUCCAGUCUAUGUGAUUAGGCAAAGAAUGCGUGAACCAGAUACCUGAAUUGUGACGAUUUAGUGAAACUUUGCUAUUCGCGAUUUAAUGUAAAUUAAAUUUUAAUAGAAAAAUUCCUAAUUUUAGAUGAGAUAUGAAAAAAAAAAAAUGGAAUUCAUACAUAUCUUUCUCUACACGCUGUCGGUUAGAUAUUUAGGGUUCCGAGCCGCACGGUUGAAUGUAGAUUACCUUAGACCUUCCGUAAUUACCGGAGUCGAUCGGCUCCAAGGUGCAAAGUUCCCGACACUUCGGUCUCGAACGUUUAUCAUUUCCGUUCGAACGUAAAGUUGACAUUAGAAGUCACUUAUUUACACUAUUAUAAAUUGUAUAAUAUACAUCACGUACCGUUAUAAUAUAUAAAAAUAGAGCUUGGUAAGAUGGUUAAAGUAAAAACAUAGGUCGUCGUUACGAUGUAAGGUUUAAUAGACACGUUCGGUCAAACGAAACGUGCUAAUCGUUAACUGUCUACAAUAAGAACGUAUGUGUAGUAGUUUGGUUUAAAUAAUGUUAGGCGACCAGGGUGUGGUGAUAUUUUGCACGUUUUUGAGAUGUUUUUCUAUAGGGUACAGGUAAACUGUGCCUGUGUUUUGAAACGAUACGCGACUAGCGUUGGUCUGGUUGAGAUGGUGACGGCAGUGAUCGCAAUUGAAUUGUAUUAUAACGUAUUUAUUAAAAAAAACAAUAUCACAAAAAGAGAUUACAUAUCCACUUUAUUGUAAAAUGGCAGUCUUAAAGACUCGCUGCCCGCGCGGUCUCGCGGUGGAUGUGCUAGGGAUGCGCGUGCGCCGCUUGUCGAUAUUAUUCGCUACGAGAGGGGUUAAACCCGAGGUUUUUGUGACAAUGUUAUAACUUAAAUUUAUUUAUCAUUAAAAUGAAUUGAAAUUAUUUGAUAACUUUCCAACUGUCUUUCUUUCUGUAUUACUGUCGAUUUUUUUGUUUAAUAUUGAAUCCAUCACUGUACCCUCCAAGCGGCACGUGGGUGCGACAAAGCGCGCUGUACGUGCGUCCCGCUCGCGCGCUCAGCGAGUCUCCAAAGCUUCCACGCGAGUAACGCUACACGCCGUAUCGGCUGAUCGGGUUAGACAUUAGUAACGAACUGUCGCUUGUGCUCAAAACGUAGACAAUGAACGCGUCAUCGGGUGUGUAGCGUUUUGUGGCCUAAACUUUCUCAGUAAUAUCGAUAUCGACUAUUAGAUAAUUAUAGGAAUUUAUGUGUUUAGAGAAGUAUUUUAAAUAUAAUAGGAUAAUAUCGUAAUGUAAUUAAAAAAAAAAAGUAAUAAUAAUAAAUCAGUGUUUAGAACGAGAUGCCAAAAUUAAAAGUCAAUACACAUUAUUUUAGGUAAAAUGUAAUUGAAUUAAUCCUAACAUUUAUUAAAAAGUUAAUGAAAAUGUUACAGUUGAAUUAUAUUUGAGAGUUUUAUUAAGCGCAAUAUAUGUAAUUUUAUUCAUUGUAAGCGAACAUUGUUUCAAUUUGUUAGUUAAAGUUAUGCGUUGAUAGAUAUGAAUAUUUCUUUCCGAUCUUAUUUCAUUCGUACAUUCGCGUCAUUCGAACGCUGUGUAAAUUGUACUAAGCAUUACUUUACUCCGUUAUGGCGUAGCCAGGUACCAACCCCUCCAAAGAAAACUUGGUGCCCCCCCCCCCAAAUAAUGUCUAUUAUACAUCAAUCAAUUGAUUAUAUAUAUAUUGUCUUAAACAUUUGUCAUAGAUAUAAUCAUAUAGGGUUCAUAAAAUAUUAUAAUUUUACAACAAAAACUUUUUUUUAAAUAUAUAUUUUAUGAAAUUAAUGAUAAAAUGAUGUACCUAUAAAGGUAAAAGUUUAUAUAAGCCUGGCCUCCGAGGCCCCCACUCCCCCCCCUUCACCAAUCCUGGCUACGCUAACGACUUCGUAUCCUAUUAUCCUUUGCAUGUCUCAAAACAUAUCUGCUCAUAUCAAAGAGGUUUCCCCACACUUGACCUUUAUUCGAAUUAUUUAAUAUUUUGUAAAAGUAUGGGUAAAUGUCUACAUAUCAGGGAAUAGAAUGGCUAGAAGCUGUGUUGUCUCAUAAUCCAGGACCCAGUCGCUUUAGUUCUCCUUUAUUAUAUUAAAAACUAUUUUAUUUUUUCAAUGUAAAUUUAAGUGUCGUCUUAAUAUUUUCUUUUAUUUUAGCGUUAAGCCUUGUGUGUGGUUAAUUUCAUUCUUAUUUUUAAUUUCAUAAUUAAACUUUUAUUAUCAUUGAUUCUUUUUGUUUUUUUUUUUUUUUUUUAUUUCCUCUGCAUUUAUUUCCUGCCUACAUUUAUUUUUUUAUACGUUACCUUACCUUGUUUAUACCUUCGUCAAAAUGUUAAAACUAUUUGUAAAUAAAACUCAUAAAUUUUAAAUGGGAACAAUAUAUAAUGAAAUUAUGUACGACUGUACACCAUCUAACCUAGACAUACUUUUAUCUUAGAUCUAACCUCCUUGUACAGAGCUGUCCUAUUAACUACUCAAACGUUUCAAUAUCUAUUCUCAAUCUGAGCCUAUCGAAUUAUGCUUGGGAAGGACUUUGGUGUGUUUAAACAAGAUACAGGUCGAAGUAAUGGGGUAAGGGACACAAAUAUUGCCAAUGGUAUGUUAUAUAAAUUUAUCAAAGAGGAUAUACCUCGCACAGGGUAUGUGAAUAUUUACAACGACCCGACAGUUGGGUCGGAUGUUGUCCGCGUAACGUCCCUUAUUCCCGUGUCGAAAGAACUGAAACUUAUUGAAACGUUGAUCUAGAAUGAAUUCUAUAACUGCCAAUUGAUAGGUAAAUGUCCUUCAAAAUAUUGAAUUAGAUAAUGAUCAAUUUAAAUUAAAUAUAUAUACGUUUAAUAUGCCAUCGUACAUAACCUAUAAACUGGCAGUUAUAAUCGUGUUAAAUUAAUGUAAAUACACGAUGUUAUAAAUAAUUAAAUAUAAAAUUAUAGAACUAUUACAGAUAACAUAAUCGAUAAGUUUAAUAGAUAGUAUCCUGUUCUCAUUUCAGUAGUCGCUCUAGUAACCUUAUACCUGCCUACCCUAAGGAGGAUAUAAUUUCUUCGUAGUGACUAUUAUGUACGCAUCUUCAUGAUAUUUAAGAGAAUUUAUGUUGAAUUAUUAAAAGAUUAAUGGUGUGCAAAUUAAAGGGUUGUGUGUAAAAUAAAAAAAAUAGUUUAAUAGUUUAUAAAUCGUUCGUGUUAACGAUAAUUGUCUUCUUACUUAUUUAUUUAUGAAGCACAUCCGCUUUUGUUUUUAUCGUCUAUGGUUUGUUAAUGAAUACGUCAAGUUGUUAAGACUUAAACAGUAAUUUAAAUCAAUAUGCCAAAGACCAAUCAUUGGAAAAAAUAACAGGGAUCUAUCAAAUAUUAUUUUCACUAAAUAGAAGAGCAAAAAUAUAUCAUGAUUUAAUCAAGCUUUAACGAGCAUUAAUCGAAAUCGAUGUAUUUUGAGGAUUGUUUUGUGUAAGUUCAUUUUAUGUAAACGUCAACAGGUCGUUGGCUACACUGUCUGUCACAUAGUUUAUGUGAAAUAUAUAAAUAUAUACACUAUUUUAACGUCUAAGUGACUACACUAUUAAACUCUAGAUUUAUUCUUUGUCAUUUUAUAAUAAAAUAUAGUUGAAAAUUAAA